AUGCCUCGAGCCUGGAACGCCGAGGCCGAACGGGACCUCAUCCUGGCCUCUUGGGCAGGCACCAGCACCGGUCCCGUGAGACCUGACUGGCCCAGAACCAUCGAGAUCAUGAAGGCUUGGGGUUACGACUUCAGCGGUGAGGCGCUCAAGAGCCGCUGGUCGAAAACCAUCUUGAAGGAGUUCAAAUCCAAGCAGGAGAUCGCCAUCGCCACCAUCGCCGGCAAAGCCCCCGCUGGACUCACCAAGAGCCCCUCCAAGAGAAAGGCCUCAGCUUCAGGCAGCGGCGACUCGCCCGCCAGGAAAGGCAGGUCCACGCCCAAGAAGACAGCGGUCAAGAAAGAAGAUUUCGACGAGGUGGCCAACACCUAUCUUCAAGGCUCCAUCGAGGGUGACGAUACCGAGGACAAUGAGGGUGACAACGAGGGCACCACUUCUCCUCUUCCCCGCCGGUUAAACCCGCGUCGCUCCGUCUCGCAGCCUCCUACCUACAAGGAGGAGAAGCUCGAGGGCGAGAGGAGCGAGGACAGCGACAGCGCCACCUAA